AUGGCUGCGCUCCCUGGGACAGUACCAAGGAUGAUGCGCCCAGCACCCGGACAGAAUUAUCCCCGCACCGGAUUUCCUUUAGAAGUCUCUACCCCGCUGGGCCAAGGCCGGGUCAACCAGCUGGGCGGCGUCUUCAUCAACGGGAGACCCCUCCCCAACCACAUCCGCCACAAGAUCGUGGAAAUGGCCCACCACGGGAUCCGGCCCUGCGUCAUCUCCCGCCAGCUCCGCGUCUCCCACGGCUGCGUCUCCAAAAUCCUCUGCAGGUACCAGGAGACCGGCUCCAUCCGCCCAGGAGCCAUCGGUGGAAGCAAACCCAGGCAGGUCGCUACUCCCGACGUGGAGAAGAAAAUCGAAGAGUACAAACGAGAAAACCCCGGGAUGUUUAGCUGGGAGAUCCGGGACCGACUGCUGAAGGAUGGGCACUGCGACCGAAGCACGGUCCCUUCAGGUUUAGUGAGUUCGAUUAGCCGGGUGCUCCGAAUCAAGUUCGGGAAGAAAGAGGAAGAGGAGGACUGCGAUAAGAAGGAGGACGACAGCGAGAAGAAGGCCAAGCACAGCAUUGACGGCAUUUUGGGCGACAAAGGCAACCGGCUGGAUGAAGGAUCUGAUGUCGAGUCGGAGCCCGACCUGCCCCUCAAGCGCAAGCAACGUCGCAGCCGGACCACUUUCACAGCGGAGCAACUGGAGGAGCUGGAGAAAGCCUUUGAAAGGACCCAUUACCCAGACAUCUACACCCGAGAGGAGCUCGCUCAGAGGACCAAGCUCACUGAGGCAAGAGUCCAGGUGUGGUUCAGCAACCGGCGGGCACGGUGGCGCAAGCAGGCCGGGGCCAAUCAGCUGGCAGCAUUCAAUCACCUGUUGCCGGGGGGCUUCCCUCCGACUGGGAUGCCCACUUUGCCUCCUUACCAGCUGCCAGAUUCAACUUACCCAACCACCACCCUUUCCCAAGAUGGGGGCAGCACUGUGCACAGACCCCAGCCUCUCCCACCAUCCACCAUGCACCAGGGAGGGUUGGCUGCCGCCGCCGCAGACUCGAGCUCCGCCUACGGGACCCGACACGGCUUCUCCACCUACUCUGACAGCUUCAUGAACCCCGCAGCUCCUGCCAAUCACAUGAACCCUGUCAGCAAUGGCCUCUCUCCCCAGGUCAUGAGCAUCCUGAGCAACCCCAGUGGUGUCCCCCCACAGCCCCAGGCUGACUUCUCCAUCUCGCCCCUCCAUGGCAGUUUGGACACCGCCAACUCCAUCUCGGCCAGCUGCAGUCAGAGGAGCGACUCCAUCAAGUCUGUUGACAGCCUCCCCACCUCUCAGUCCUACUGCCCCCCGACCUACACCACCACCGGCUAUAGUGUGGACCCGGUGGCCAGCUACCAGUAUGGACAGUACGGGCAAACCGCAGUUGACUAUCUGACCAAGAACGUGAGCCUGUCCACACAGCGUAGAAUGAAGCUUGGGGAGCAUUCGGCUGUGCUGGGUCUCCUACCAGUUGAAACGGGCCAAGCUUACUGA